AUGCCUACCCCAAGUGCUUUGCGCAUUGCCUUGGAAGAGCCCCAUGGCCUCCCCGAUGCGGAGGCCUUGACCCGCGCGGAACUGGAGUGGUUGCGUCGUGAGUUCCAAGUGGAAGUGGAGAAGUUGGCGGCCCGAGUGAGCGCUCUGGAAGCUUGCGACGGGGACAGUUUGCCCGAGCCGACGAUCAUUGAGUGCAACCAGACCCCGACAGUGGAAGAUGAAGUGGAGGAUGGUGAGGUUGCAGUGAAAGAUCUGGAGAGUUCCGUGCACUUCGACGAGAGUGCGUGGACCUAUCCAAUUGUCCUGGGACUGAUGGACAUCCGAACGCUGGAUGUGAUCUUCUCCCUGCUGCUGCUCUUGCUGAACUUUGGUAUGCAGGUGAUGUUUUCGAUCAUCAUCGUCACCCCAGAUUUCAUGGGCGAGGACUUUGUGAAUAAGAUCACUGUGGCACGGCAGUGGCGCACCAGCUUCGCCCAUGACUACCGGCAUGUGGACCUGUCUGCCACCAGCCUGGUGACGCGUGUUUGCGCGGGCGAUGGCUCCUUGAUCCUGGCGACGACCCAGGCGACCUUGAUCACACACAUCAAUAGCUACAUGAGCCUGGACAAGGAUCAGUUUGAUGCUGGCUUCUUCCCGAUUGGGAUCCUGCUAUGCAUGCUGUGUAUCCUUCUUUGGGCUUUGUGCGUCUACAAGGAGCUUCGGAACACGUGGCAGUCCCUGGAGGCCGUGGCCCAGCUGCCGCGAAACCAGCUGACGGUCAUUCGAGACGGCCACAUUUGCAGCAUCUCUCACGGUCGCUUAAUGGCGAUCAUCGCCACCUACUUCACGCGCUUCGCCAUCGCCCUGGUGCUUCUGAUAGCUGGAGUUCACUGGCUGGCACGGACCACGUCAAUAGCAGAUUUGAUGCUGAAUGCAGUGGCCUUGAAUGCGAUUCUCGAUGUGGAUGAGUUCCUGUUUGCCGGAUUCUCACCUAUGUCCGUGCAGGUGGCGAUUCGGACUCUGGAGCCUUUGAAAGUGCGCUGCACCUCACGGCGGAGUCAGAGCGAAUCGGUGGCAUUGUUGAUGCUCUUGGCGGGCACCUUGUUGCUGCCCUACUUUGGGCUCCUCCAACCUUUGGGGGAGACCAUGCUCAUGGUGAAGAAGGAGCUCUGCGGCGGCAACCAAACCUUCGUGGUGGGGCAGAACUCUGAUACGCAGAUGAUCCUCGGCUAUGUGACGGCGGGCGAGCGGAACCAGGAGCCAAGCCCAUUGGAAUUGGCUGUGAGCGUGCACAAGUUCCAAGAUCCUGUGGAGCUUCCGCAAUAUAUCCAUUUCGUGGCCUCGCCCGAUUUCGAUACUGCGAGAACACGGACCAUGUUGGCGGAAACCUUGGAGUUCAAUCUCUGCAUUGAGCCUGCAAUCCUGCGACCGGGUGGGGCCUUCUACCAAGAUCCAGUGUUCAUGGGCCGCGUUUCGGCACGCUUGGCCAUGGCUGGCGCAGCCUUGGGGCGAAAGGAUGUGACGACAUGCGAAGAGCUUCAAGAGUUUUGUGACACAGGAGACGCGCGACUGUUACGCUUUAUUUGUAGCGACACGUGCGGGUGCACCGAUCCGGCGGCGCCGUCCUGGUUUCGGACACCCGCGUGGGGCUGCUCAGACACCUGCACCCAACUGGCCAUGGAGAGGAUCGGUGAUUGCCGAGAUGCGCCCAUCGAUGAGAGAUGGCAUCAGUUCUGGGAUGGCUAUUUGCCCGCCCUGGAAGCGGUCUAUGGUGUUGGCCUCUCUGGCUCCCAGGCCGUGGUCCUACGGGUCGAACAGGUGCUUAGAGCCAUGAAAGCUGGAGGAUGUCCCACUUUGAAGGACCCCCAGUUGGGCUUUGAGAUUGGAGGGCAGAGAAGUUGGUGUCAGGGUGACCCGGACCUCUACCGGCCCUUGGCCUGGAAAUGUCCCGAGACCUGCGGCUGCUUAGCGGCGAACCCUCCAAGCUACUGCCCGGUCUGCAGCAACUCCGCGGGGUGA